AUGCAAUCCUUUACCAUCGUCCUCACCCUCGGCUCGGCUCUCUUUGACACCAACGCAGCCCUUCCCAUUGACAAGAUUUCCCUUAGAACCUGGACCAAAACCUCCGGCGUACCCCUCUCCAACCCUACUGCUGAGGGUAUCAAAGCGGGAUUGGGUACAAAGCCCAAGACCAAACCGGUGACGAAGCGCUCUGCAUAUCCUGUCCCGGGCGGUGACGAGUCUAUCAUCUACUUGAUGGAAGAGUUUGGCUGGGACAAGGGGCACGAGUUCGACACCAAUACGCCGGCCGAGAAGCGCUCCGGAGGUGGCUCCAGCCUAUUGUACCUCCUGAACAACCUCGGCGACAAAGUCAUGCCCAAUAAAAAGUACGGCGCUGGGGACGUCUGA